CCAUUCUCCCUGGUCAUGCCACAUUGCUGUAGGCAGAGGCAAGCGGAGGACUUUUCUCCGGGGUCUGCAGAGCUGGUCACAGCUUUGCGCGGAGCCACCAAAUGUCGUCACUACCGCCGACCUAACCUCGUUCACGAGGAGUCUGAGCGCCUCUUUGCGGCCACAGGCCGGAGCAGAAGGCUUAUAUGAUGCAUGUGAAGGCCACAGAAACAUUCUCGCCCCGUAUCCACUCUUUGAAUAAUCCGUGUUCUUGAGAGCAUUCUCGGAACGCAUCAUGGCCUCGCUCGGCGGCAAGCGGCUCUACUACACGAUCAACUUUGUUGCUGGACUUGCCAUCUUCUUCUUCGGGUAUGACCAAGGUAUGAUGGGUGGCGUGAACACGGCCCCGGACUACGUGCGGACAAUGGGGCUUGGCUAUUCGACGUACGAGGGCCCGGCGGAGGGGUAUGUUGCAACGAUAACAAACCCGACGAGACAGGGCGGCAUAGUCAGCAUCUAUUACCUGGGAACUCUCAUCGGGGCCCUGAUGGCUGGUGCAAUUGGUGACCGAAUUGGGCGCAUCAAGACUAUGAUCAUUGGCAGCAUCUGGGUCCUCCUCGGCGCCUCCCUCCAAUGCUCUGCCCAAAACCUCGCUUGGAUGCUCUGCGCACGCCUCAUCAACGGCAUCGGGACCGGCUUUUUGAACGCGAUUGUGCCGGUAUGGAGCGCCGAGGUGGCGACACACACUUCGCGCGGCGCGUUCAUCGCCACCGAGUUCACGCUCAACAUCUUCGGCGUUGUCGUUGCAUACUGGCUUGAGUUUGGUAUGGGAUUCAUCGGUAAUGGGGACACGCAAAUUCGAUGGAGGUUUCCCAUUGCUUUCCAAAUCAUUCCUGUGCUUGCGUUUAUGUUUGCUCUCAUGUGGAUGCCAGAAUCACCCCGCUGGCUGUUUAAAGUCGGCCGCAUCGACGAAGCACGCGAUAUACUACACCGUAUCAGAAGCGACGAGAUAGUUGCUGGGACGUCAGACCUCGAGGUUGAAAUACACGCCAUCAUCGAGGCCGUCAAACUUGAGAAAGCAUACACAAAGCGGGACUCAUAUUGGGCGAUGUUCUGGGGCAUCGGCUCGGACAAUCUGCACAUAGCGAGACGUGUCCAGCUCGUUAUUUGGUUACAGGUUGUGCAAGAAUGGGUCGGCAUCGCAGCUAUCGUGAUGUGGGCCCCAACUAUCUUCGCACAAGCAGGGUAUAGUGCCCGCAAAUCGCAAUGGCUCUCUGGGCUCAACGAUACGACUUACUGCCUCAGUACCCUCAUCGGCGUUCUCACCAUCGACCGAUGGGGCCGUCGUGUCCCACUCUACUGGGGAUCCGUGGGCCAAGGCAUCGCUAUGAUUCUCUCUGGUGCUUUGGGAGGUCUACUCAGAGAACACCCGGAUAAUGCGGCACAGUAUGGAGGCGGGUCCGCGUUCUUCAUAUUCGUGUUCACGGCCGUGUUCGGCGCAACGUGGCUCUCGAUACCAUGGGUGUAUCCCACGGAGAUUUUCCCGCUCGGAAUCCGCGCAAAGGGGAACGCGUGGAGCGUUGUCGGGUGGAGCAUCGGAAAUGGGUGGUUGACGCUGCUGAACCCGGUCAUGUUCAACGCGAUUCAGGCAGACACGCUGUAUAUCUUUGGCGCGAUUAACUUCCUGAGUAUCCCCAUGGUGUGGGCAUUCUAUCCCGAGACGGCGAACUGCACGCUGGAGGAGAUUGAUAUGCUCUUUUCGAGCAAAAGUCCGUUUGCGUGGGAUGAGGAGGCAAAUUUUGUUCGGCUCAAAGCGAACCACACGAUGAACUCCAAGGAUGCUGCAGAAGAUGGAAGUGGCAUGCACAAAGAGGUGGAAAAGGCAUACACGGAGCACGUCUAGGAAAGGGCAAAGCCAUCACGAAUGCUAUUAUAUCUUAUAUCGGAUUUGCUUAUAUAGAC